ACCCACACACACACACACACACACACACACACACACACACACUACAAUCUACAAUCUACUCUGUAAACAUACAGCAGGAUCUUCUCACAGAGGAGCUGAAGAAUUUUGAUCUUCGUACUUCGAGAUAAAUGUGAAACAGAUGUUCAGUGGUGUGUGAUUUUAAAGGCAGGAACUGUAAAUGAACUCAAGCACCAGUGCCUACCAGAGAGGACAUCAUUGCAUGCGUCCCACAUAAGCCUGAAGAACAUUAAGAUAACUGAACCGAUCGUCAUGAUAGACCUGAGCUACCUGACUGAGGAGGAGCAGGAGGCCAUUAUGGCGGUGUUAAAGAGGGACGCUGAGCUGAAGAAGACAGAGGAAGAACGAGUCAAGACUGCUUCAGGGUGAGUCGGCUAAUUACGUUACCUCUGGCUUUACGUGAAAAACAUUCAGAUGGUGCAAAAAAAAUGCCCGUGUGGGUGAACCUGAAGUGGUUCUCUACUAUGUUAUAAGCGUGAAGCGUAUUGAACAGCCGAGUAAUAAACAGACUGCACAUGUAAUGGAAGAAUAUGGACAUAAAAAGGAGGAAUGCAGAAACUGGCCACAACUAGACAUCUACAAAAACAAGGCCCUGAGGAGGGCAAACUGAAGUACAUCACAGGGGAGUGGUUUUAUGAGGUAAAGUCUCAGAGACACCAGGAUAAGAUUCACGGCUCGGAUAUCAUCAUGGCAUCUAUGAAACAGAAGAAACCCAUGACAGUAGAGUUUUUGACACAGUCAUGGCGAGAGCGAGCCAGUAAGACUAACAACGAUCUCAUGACACCGCAACCAAAAUCAACAGAUAAUCCAAACGAGAGGAGACCAACAGAGACUCAGCAAGAAAGUCGAAACAGGCAAAGACACAAUCCAUUCAACAACAUGCCAAUGGAGCUAGACUUUGAUGAAACAAAUGGAGCCUCAGUGCCUGAAACUAAGAAUCCACCAGCAGAAGUGACACCUUCACUAGAGAAUCAUGAAGAUUUAGAAAUAGAAGCCAAGACCAAAAUCUUUGAUAUUUCACAAGAAACAAUCCCUCGUCUAAAACCUGUGCCCAAAAAAAGAACGAAAAUUUUCAAGGUCCAGAACUCCGACAGCACCAGCUCGAUCUCCACCCAGAGUGUGUCUACAAAUUCUUCUGUGUCCACACAAAGUGUGUCUACAAAUUCUUCUGUGUCCACACAAAGUGUGUCUACAAGCUCCAGCACCUCUCCUGUGUCCACUCAGAGCAUUUCUACAAACACUGACAGCAGGUCUACUCUGUCCACUCAGAGCAUGUCUACAAACUCAGAAAUCAGGUCCCCUCCACCAAAAGGUAUCCUCAAACACAGUUCCAGCUGUGACUCAAGCACCAAGAGUCGGCUGCUUCAACCCCGCAAAUCCCUCAAUAUGGUUUCCACCAAGAGUGGUCAUGAACACAUUCUUGAAGAGAAUGCAGUCACGCAGGAGAGUAUAGAGGAGUCUUUCCUCAAUUUUAAAGACAAAGAACCACCCAAGUCUACCUUUCCACCGUCACGACUGCCGGUCCGAUCCCCAGUGCUGCUGAAUAAUCCAACACAGACAUCUAAAGAGAAGCCAAAAAUUCAGCCACGACUGAGUCUGAGUUCUAGCACACAGUCAAAUGAUGAACAAAAAACAGCAGACGUACUGGAUACUAAGCAAAAGUGUGAAAAUCGGUUGAUAUCUGCCGAACCAGAAAAACAAAAUAAAGCGGAUGGAAUGGUGAAGGAUCCUCUCUCCAUUCCUAGAAUAAGGGCCAAGUCACCAUUUGAAUCCUUGUUAGUCAAACCAUUAAAUGAGAGCAUAACCCCUCAAAUCUCACUGAAGAACCAGGACAAAGAGGACCUGAAGAGGGAAGAUGUAAAGACAGAAGAAAAAUUAGACUGUCCUUUGGGCGUUAAAGAUCAACCGGUGUAUGAAGCCACCAACCCAACUGAUGCCUCCAAUAAGACUAAUCCUUCCCGCGUGGCAUGUGAAAGUGACGACAUGCCAUGUCCGUUUGAUAUAAAGAUAACUCGAGACACUAACAUGAAGACAAAGGACUGCAAAGAUCCUCUUCUGGUCAACCCCUAUUCUCCCAAAGCUGCUGAAGAGCAAGGAAACUCCAUUGCUAAAGUUCUUGAAUGGUUCAGCAGGAGUUCAGACAGCAGUGAUAAACUUGACUGUGAGGGCUUUAUUCCAGACACUGAAGAUGAUAUCAAGAUUGAAGACAUUGACUUUGAAAAUGAGAUCAAUUUAAGACCCAAAGCAGAGAACAAUGUGUAUUUGAUCAUACCAAAACAUCGGGAUGAGGAUAUGACAAAUGAUGGAUUUUUAAAAGAUAGAGAUUUAGCAGUAGAGUUGAACGUGGAUAAGAAAGAGCCUUUUAUGAAUUUUCAGAAUGUUCAGGAUCUAAGUGAUCACACUAAGCCAUUGAACGCGGAAGAAUUUUCUGCCAUGGGAUCUUCUAAUCUAUUCAGGCACAGAUCAUCACAGGAUACCAUUAAUAGACUGUUGGACUCUGAAAAACCAAGUCCAAAAGAGAACGUGCUGGAGACUGCUAGCAAAAAAGAAAACAGCAGAAAUGAUGAGAAGACUAAACCCACUCAACAUGAACUGCAAGAAGUGAGUCAGUCACCAAAAGUUACCAAUUUGCAAUCACAGUGGGAUCAAGGUAUCAUUAAGGCACCAGUUCUAGUGAGCAAACCGAACCUAAUUUCUGAAAAGGAAACUAUUGUCCAACGUAAUGAUGGCAGGAAGGUGACUGGGGUUGAAGAGGAACCAACCAAAGUUGACAUAAGUCCAAAGUAUUCAGUAACUGAGAACAAAAAACAUGUGAACAAAUCUCAUGUGAAGGACAUUUCAAAUGUUGGUGAGAUACAAGCUGAUAACAUCAGCUAUGAGCAUUUAAAUAAAAAAGACAGAGAUAAAGCUAAAGACAUGCAAACACCAUCAAGCAAUAUAAAUCAGAUAAAAGACAUAAUGGCUCUCUCAGACAAAGAUGUUACCAAAUGUUUGGGCCAAAAAUGCUCAUCUUCACAAGAUUUUAGACUUCAGAGUGUUGGAGACCACAGCGAUGAAAAUAUUGAAGGAAAUAGGAAUAGUACAAUGGAAGGAUGUACAACUGCAGCAGUACUAGAGCUGGACCCAAAGGUAAAGACAGAGGAAAAAGAAUCACAGCUAAAACCUCCACCAACAUCUGGUGUUCAAUCCCAGCAACAAAAUCCAGUCCCAUUAGCCAAGCAAAGCAACCAGCAGCAAAAUAACAAUGCAGAAAGGAUCAAGGAGCUCAAAUCAUUCUGGGAAAGAGAGAAACUGCAAUCGAACAUAUAUAAUAAAUCAACAGCAGCAAACUCAUCUGCGACAUCUACAAAGCUGAAUAAAAGGUUCACCAAAUCAGAAUAUGAUCUUAGAUCCAUCGGGACAGAAUCAGAGGCAGAAAGUGCUAAUUUUACGGUUCUUCCACUACGAGACAGGAUAGAGAAGACAGCCACAGGAGAAGGUAUGAACAGUUUACAGUUCAAGAUGCUCCGUGACUUCUGGGCAGAAUCUAGCAAGCAGUCAUCCAGUUUUGAAAACAAAACUCAAAACCCAUUAAGUCAGGAAGUUAAACAUGCAAAAACUCACAAAGAGGUAUCUCAGUUUGAACUGGUGGAUGCUAGCCCAAACCAGGCAGACAGAGUGUCUUCAAGAGAGAAAACUGCUGUCAUAUAUCCUGAUAUUGGUACCACAGCUAACUCACCAACUGAGCCAGAUGUUCUGAGAUCAUCCCAUUGUCCUCAGCCAAAGAGUGGCUCAAAGUUAUCUCCAAAAGACACAUCAUCUCCAAGAACUCAAGGGAUGCUCAAUAAAGAAUUCCGAAAUCAGACUAGAAGCAGUGGCAAAGGAACUUUAAAUGGAAGAGCAAAUUCGCUUCGACGUGCCACCAGCAUGUUUGCAAUAAACGUGGAAAGUGAGGGUGAAGAUUUACCCUCGCAGUCCAGGAAAGUAUCUGAUGUGGUCCUCCCACAGACGACAGAAAGUACAGUGUUGCCUUCUACAAAAACACCAGAAGUUAAUUUACAGGUGAAAAAGUCUCCAGAGAUGACCAAGAGUAAGCAUAAAGCCACUGACCGAAGCGUUUCUGAGGAUCCUGAUUCUCAACCUCUUGCCAGGUCGUUUGUUCCACGAGACUACCAGCAUUAUCUGGGAAUCACAGAAAACAGAGGCAAGCACAUUUCCCCCCAAGGUACAGAGCAGAAGAGUGAAUUAGUGUGCACCUCAUUUCAGACAGGUGGUAGUGUGAGGUGCUGUCCUGAGAAAGCUGAUGUUCCUAUAGAUGAUGCAGAGCUUUGCACCAAGAGAGGGAGCUGGGGACUGCGACCCAGUGCACAUACGAGCGAAGUGGUCAAGCCCAUGACCUUAAACAGAGAUGAAUCCUUUUCUGGGACAAGUGCAAACUCCACUGAGGUGAGCCUAGUUCAGGAAGUGCUGAGACGGGCGUCCACUAGACCCGUAUACCAUAAAAGCCUUGAAGACAUCACAGCGGUACCACGACAAAGUAAAAAAAGCAAACAUAUGGAUGAUUUCAUGCCUAGCAGCUACGCAAUCUCCAGCACUCCAUCGCCAUCUUCUUCUUCCUUCUCUGAUAAAGAGCGUUUGAGGAAAAUCAGCAAAUCCGUUCCCUCUUUCCUGGACAAUGAGAAUGAUGGAGAUGAGAGUGAGUCGGAGUGCAGCUCCCACAGUGGCAAGCACUGGAAGAACAGCAGCCCCCAGGCUGAACUCAACAACAACUCACGCAUGGCCACAGUGUCUUCUAUGAGCGGGAGCAUAAUGAGUAUUUCCAGUGUGGACUUUGGGAAUAUUGAAGUUCAAGGGGCUAUCCAGUUUUCAAUCAACUAUGUCCAGAAGCUGAGGGAGUUCCACAUCUUUGUAGUACAGUGCCAAAAUCUGGCUGCUGUAGAUGUGAAGAGGAAUCGAUCUGACCCGUAUGUUAAGAGUUAUCUUAUACCUGACACUGCCAAUUUGGGAAAAAGAAAAACGUCAGUGAAAAAGAAGACCUUGAACCCUACGUAUAAUGAGAUUCUAAGGUAUAGAGUUCGAAUGGAGUACUUAAAAUCCCAGAUCCUUAACCUGUCUGUUUGGCACAAUGACACAUUUGGUCGCAACAGCUUCCUGGGAGAGGCGGAGAUUGACCUUUCUAAGUGGGAUUUUGAAGGCCCUCGGAUUAACUCCUUACCCCUCAAACCAAGGAACACAAGCAGCGUCCUGUCCACCGAAGAAAGAGGCGAGAUGAGACUGGCCAUGCGGUUCUUACCUCACAUCUCCCUUUCGAAAUCAGCCCUAGGCUCAGGUGAAAUUCACAUCUGGGUCCGAGACUGCAAGAACCUGCCUCUGAUCCGUGGUGUGACUAUAAACCCGUAUGUGAAAUGUUAUGUGCUGCCAGACACCAGCAAAAAGAGCUGCCAGAAGACACGGGUGUUAAAGAGGACAGCAAGUCCUGUCUUUAACCACACAAUGGUGUAUGAUGGAUUCAGGACAGAGGACCUGAAGGAGGCCUGUGUGGAGCUCACAGUGUGGGAUCGUGACCGACUGGCUGAUCACCUGGUGGGAGGACUGAGACUCGGCCUGGGAACGGGGCAGAGUUAUGGCACAAAAGUGGACUGGAUGGACUCCAUGGCUAAGGAAGUGGCUUUAUGGCAAAGAAUGAUGGAUUCACCAAAUGAGUGGGUGGAGGAUGUGUUGCCUUUGCGAUUGGUGACAGUGGCAAAAAAUUCUUUGAAAUAACGAUAUUAUAAAAUGCCAAAAUGCAAGAAUAUACUCUCAUUGAGUGCUUUACUGGGAAUACUACACUAUACUAAUAUUCAGUAGAACCACCAUUUGCUCUCAAAACUGCCUGGAUUCUUUGUGGUGUGAGUUCCAUAAGAUUUUGGAAAUAUGCCUUUGGGAUUCUGGUCCAUGGUGACCUGCGGCUCUCCUCUUCUAAUAAUCUACCAUAUCCCAAAAUGUGUUCCAUUAGACCCAGAGCCAGUCACUGGGAAUGACACUGAAGAACUCAUUGCCAUGCUCAUGAAACCAGUUUGAAUGUGCAUUACCAUACUGGAAAUAGCCGUUAGAAGAUGUGUAAAUUGUGGCCAUGUCGGGAUGCACAUGGUCAGCAACAAUACUCUAUGGCAUUCAAGCGAUGAUUGGUUGGGUCCAAAGUGUUGGGAAUGAAAAUCCCAGUAGAUCAGCAGUUGGAAUGUUCAAACCAGCCAAAAUGUCAGCAAACACGCCACAAUCAAAAUCCUUGAGACACGAUUGAUAAUUUCAUGCAUGAAUAGGCGUACAGGUGUUUCUAGUAAAGUGCUCAGUGAGUGUAUGAAUAGUAUUUUUAUUUAUAAUACUCAGCACUUCUAAUCAUAUAGUAAUAUACAACCAUUCUGCUGAUAUUUAAACAAAAAAAAAAUCUUAUUUUAUACACAUAGCUUUAGAUUUGAAGGAUAUUUGAAUAAAUUCACAGCAUUUGGUGUCACCUACUUCAUCAGCAACUCUCAUACCUGUUGUUGUCUGAACUGAUAUUUUAAAUUCACCUAAUAAAUUGUUGUUUUGUUGACUGUU